UUGUUUACUUGUCACAUUUUAAGGUUAGAAUUAGUCAUUGCUGUGAAUUUAUUAAUUAAUUGCCCAUUUAUAAUCUAAAAUUACUGAUGGCUGUUAAUCAAGAUAACAGACCUGAAUUAUACGAAGAAGUGAAAUUAUAUCAGAAUGCAAGAGAAAGAGAAAAGUUUGAUAACCUUGCGGAUUUGUAUGCAGUAAUAAAUACUUUGCAACAAUUGGAAAAAGCUUACAUUCGCGAUUGUGUAGUGCCUAAAGAAUACACGGGUGCUUGUAGCAAGCUACUAGUACAGUACAAAGCGGCAUUUCGUCAAGUUGAAAGCGACUCUUUCCCUACGGUCGACGCAUUUGUACGUAAAUAUCGUUUAGAUUGCCCCGCUGCAUUGGAACGUAUCAAAGAAGGUCAUCCCAUUACCAUUAGAGAUGAUAAAGGAAACACUAGCAAGUGCAUUGCCGACAUCGUUUCCCUAUUUAUUACACUAAUGGAUAAAUUGAGAUUGGGCAUUACAGCUAUGGACGAACUUCAUCCGGAAUUAAAAGAUUUGGUCGACACAAUGCAACGCUUUAGUAUCAUUCCAUCUGCCUUUGAAGGAAAGCAAAAGAUGAUCGAGUGGUUAAACACAUUGGAUUCGAUGAAGGUGUCUGAUGAAUUAUCGGAAACUCAGGUUCGCCAGCUCCUAUUUGAUUUAGAAAGUUCAUAUGCUGCUUUUAAUAAGUUAUUGCACAAUUCGUAACUUUUGUGAUAGAAUUUGCUUUAUGUAUAUAAUGUUUAAUAUUUGCAACAGGAUGUAGGCUGGUCUCUGAUUUUAUUAAUUAAAUAUUUUUUAUCCUUUCAUAAAUAAUAAUAAUACAUAAAUAGGUAAUUAAUCCGUUGUCAUGUUUUCUUUAUGCAAUAAACAGUAAAUCUCAC